UGUGGAAAUUUGUCAACACGGAAGCGUCAAAAUGGCUCCGAGUGGACUGAAAGCGGUGGUGGGAGAGAAAAUCCUCAACGGAGUCCUGAAGAGUGUGAAGAAAGAUGGCGAGUGGAAGGUGCUUAUUGUUGAUCACAUGAGCAUGCGGAUUCUGUCCUCAUGCUGUAAGAUGUCUGACAUCAUGGCUGAAGGUGUUACCAUCGUGGAGGACAUUAACAAGCGGAGAGAGCCGAUCUCUAGUCUGGAGGCCAUCUACCUCAUCUCUCCUGUGCCAAAGUCAGUCCAGUCUCUGAUCAGCGACUUCAAAGACGCGGCUUUCACCUACAAGGCUGCGCAUAUCUUCUUCACAGACACUUGUCCAGAUGGUCUUUUUGCUGAAAUUGGGCGGUCGAGAGUCUCGAAGGUCAUCAAGACGCUGAAGGAAAUUAACGUGGCUUUCUUACCGUACGAAUCCCAGGUGUUUUCUCUGGACGAUGCCAACUCGCUGCACUCUUUCUACAGCCCCAGUAGGACCAACCAGGACGAGCGGGCCAAGAUGAUGGAGGUCAUGGCCGAGCAGAUCGCGACGCUGUGUGACACGCUGAAAGAAUAUCCGUCCAUCCGUUACCGUCAGGGUCCGAAGGAGAAUCUUGCGCUGGCUGAGAUGGUUCUGGAUCGCUUGAACGCUCAUAAAGCGGACAACCCGAGCAUGGGAGAGGGCACGGAUAAAGCGCGCUCCCAGCUGCUGAUCGUGGACCGUGGCUACGAUCCCAUCUCGCCCAUCCUGCAUGAGCUCACCUUUCAGGCUAUGGUCUACGACAUGUUGGACAUUGAUCAGGACAUCUACAGGUACGAAACGACGGGGCUCGGGGACAACAAGACAAAAGAGGUUCUGCUAGAUGAGGAUGAUGAGCUGUGGGUGCAGCUCAGACACAUGCAUAUCGCCGAUGUCACCAAGAAAGUGACCGAGCUGCUGCGUACCUUUUGUGAAAGUAAGAGGAUGACCACGGACAAGGCCAACCUAAAAGAUCUGUCUCAGAUGUUGAAGAAGAUGCCACAGUACCAGAAAGAGCUGAGUCUGUACUCCACUCAUCUGCACCUAGCUGAUGCCUGCAUGAAGAAAUUCAAAGCCUCUCUGGAUAAACUGUGUGAGGUGGAGCAGGAUCUGGCCAUGGGCUCCAACGCAGAGGGCGAGCCUCUUAAAGACGCCAUGAAGAACAUCGUUCCUGUCCUGCUGAAUGCAGAGAUUCAGCCCUACGACAAAAUCCGCAUCAUUCUGCUCUACAUCUUCUACAAGAAAAAGGGCGUUGCUGAGGAGAACCUGACAAAGCUCAUCCAGCAUGCUAACGUGCAGGAGAACCGCAACAUCAUCACCAACCUGCAGCACCUCGGCUGCCCCAUCAUCACCGGAGGUGCUAAUGCUGGGAAAUCUCUACCAGAGAGGAAAGAGCGGACAGGAGACACGUACCAGCUCUCCCGCUGGACCCCUAUCCUCAAAGAUGUCAUGGAGAACAUCAUCGAGGACAAGCUGGACAGGAAGCAGUGGCCGUUCCUCUCGGAUCCUGCGCCCAUCGCCACCACUCAGACUGUAGUGAGCAGUGCGCGGUUCGGACACUGGCACAAGAACAAAGCUACGACGGAGUACCGCAGCGGCCCUCGACUCAUCGUCUUCGUCAUCGGAGGAGUCGCACACUCGGAGAUGCGCUCUGCUUACGAGGUCACCCGCGCCACUGACGGCAAAUGGGAGGUCCUGAUUGGUUCGUCCCACAUCCUGACCCCGACCGGAUUUCUGAACGAUCUGAAGACUCUGGAGCAGCCAGCACAUGCGUCCGCUUAGCCGUGAAGCCUCGAAACUUCUGUAACGUUUGUGGAAAGCCGUUACACGCGUACGAUCUUCUGUUCAAUCCUGAGUAGUAAACCGAUGAGUCACUGCCUUUUAAAAGGUUUCUUCUUUUUUUUUUUUUUUUUUUUUAUGUUUAGUUUUUUUCCGGGAGAACACAGUGUGUAUAUAUGUUUUUGAUAUUUAAAUAAUUUAAAAAUGACCUUUAUUAAGAUGCUGUAAUUGCAAACAAAGCCGAUCUACAGACGUGUGUUUCUUACCACCAGCUGCUACGGACACUGGUGGGGAGAAAAGCUUUAUAUAUACACGCGCGCACACACACACACACACACACACACACACACACACACACACGAUUCCUGAAAAUCACGCUCUAGCUUAUAGACUGCAGACAAUAACUCCUGUUUUAUUCUUGUUUUAUCUGUACAGUAUGCUCAGAUAAAGCAUCCGCACUUUUAACAGGCUCGCGCUCUCUCUCUCUCUUUUGCAUGAAAGAGCAGCUUCUCCAGCUGAUGGGUGCAGGCUAGAAAACACUGUAUAAUAAUGUGAUAGUGAGGACAUGCAGCUCUUAUCAGCUAUUCUUUUCUUUUCGGUUCCUGCAGUCUAGGCGAUGAUGAUGAUGAUGAUGAUGAUAUGAAGCAUUUUCCUUUAUCAGAGUUUUAUCUUUCAGUUUUUUUUUUCUGAUUAUAAACUGGUGCGCUUUUCUUUCUUUCUUUAAUGUUAUCCCAGAAGUUGGUUAUUUACUUGGGUGGUUUUUUUUUUUUUUUCUCUCCUUCAUCUGUUUUUUGUUAAAACCUAAAUAAACUGCUUUAUUCAAA